UCAAGCUUUUCUCUGAUUCUGAUCAAUACACGUGUUCGAAGAGAGAAAAUGACAACUAGCAGUGAGGUAUUACUAACAAGUGAGGCGUCUGGCCAGAUGUGGAAUGUGUGUGUGUGGGACUUCCAAUCUUCUACCAGUCUCCUCACCUACAAAGGAGGUACUUGUGCACCUCACGGCCUUGCAGUCCUCAAUAAUGAUUUCAUCAUCUCAGCUCUCAGCACAAAACCAGUCCUCAAUAUUUGGCCUCUUCAUAAAAGGGACAAUCAACAUAUGAAAAUGGUUUGUCCUGGCAGAGUUACUGCCCUUGAUGUAACCCCGAAUGGAGAGUACUGCAUUGCAGCUGUAUCAGAGAAAAUCCACAUCUGGCAGGUGUGUACAGGCCACCUACUGGCUGUGCUUGGCAGACAUUACCAGUGCAUCACUUGUCUGAAGUGCUGUGAUGACGGGUCUUACCUCGUAUCGGGAGGUGACGACAACAUGGUCAUUGCUUGGUCAUUGGGCAGGUUGUUGUCCGAGGCUGGUGAACACAAUAACAGGAGAGCUCCCGUCCAUGUCUGGUCCCAGCACUCCUUACCCAUCACAGAUAUACACAUCGGCUAUGGAGGUAGUCGAGCUAGAGUUCUCUCCUCUUCCCUAGACCAGUCCUGUCGUCUGUGGGACCUGGCCUCAGGAGAGAUGCUUUGCUGUAUCGUGUUUGAUGUCAGUAUAACAUCCACAACCAUGAAUCUCACAGAGAGCCUGUUGUUUGCUGGGGGAUCCAAUGGACUCAUUUACUGCUAUAAUCUUUAUGACAGGCCCAUCAGAGCUGAGAGACACAUACAAAGUGAUACAGAUAAUCCCAACACCACUAUCUACCAAAGCCACAGUAAGCAGGUGACUUGUCUGUCACUCUCAUUGGAUGGGAGUCAACUGGUGUCAGGGUCACAUGACUGUGAUGUCAGAGUUUGGGAUGUUUACAGCGGGCAGUGUGUGAAAACAAUUCCACAUAAAGGAGCCAUAACAAAUGCCAGAUUAAUACCAACUCCCCCUGGUGUGAUAUCAGAGGUUAAACGUCCCAUCCUUCCAAUGCAACCAUUUGAGCGCCAUCUGUACUGCCCACAAAAUGGCGGAGAUUCAGGAGGAGAUAACACAUCAGACACACUUAAUCUUUACAUAAACCAAUUUGAACAGGUGACACAGCCAUCAAAUGCGACUAGAUUAUAUACAGAAUUAUUACUGCAGUCUAGGGACACGUUUGACGAGGAUACAUCUUUCACACAGGGAACAUGUAUAGCUCAGAUGAAAGACGAAAUAAAUCAGUUACAAUCAGCAAACAAAAAACUGUACAGUUUUGCAAUUGAUGAAAUAUUAGAGAUAAAUAAACCAUCCUGAUAAUAAACG